GAAGAGCUGCAGACCGGAAGUGGCUGUUUUUAAACCUUCAGCACGUUUUUCCUGCGUUUUCCUGCUCACCUGUCCUCACCAGUCCAGCUGUCCGAGCCGGACCCGGAACUCACCUGUGCACCUGCCGGACCCGGGACUCACCUGUAGGACCUCCAGGCUGACCCCCGGGGCUCCAGCCCCCCCUGCCCGCCCUCCAGCCCUCCUCCCCGGCCACAUGGAGCUGCGCUGGCCGGCCUCCAGCCCCGCUGUGCGGCUGCAGGAGUGGAGGGUGAAGCCCGGAUCUCUGGUCAAUGUGGACUCGGUGCUGGCGCUGGGGGUUCUGGUGGGACCUGGACCUGGACCUGGACCUGGACCUGGACCUGGACCUGGACCUGGACCUGGACCAGGACCAGGACCAGGACCCCCAGGAUCCGGCCCCCCAGGUCCGGGCCGGGAGAGGAAGGUGAAGUGUGACCGCGCUGGAACCGUGAAGGAACUCUGCUGCCGCCGGGGAGAAGUUCUGGUACCGGGGGCCGUAAUCGUGCUGAUUGAGGAAUGCAGCCACCCCAUCGUGAUGAAGGGUUUGUGUGCCGAGUGCGGCCAGGACUUGACCCAGCUCCAGGGAACCAACGGGAACCAGCAAACUCCCGUCUCCACGGCAACCGUCUCCAUGGUGCACAGUGUCCCCGAGCUGAUGGUCAGCUCUGAGCAAGCAGAACAGCUGGGCCGGGAGGACCAGCAGAGACUCCACCGGAACAGGAAGCUGGUCCUCAUGGUGGAUCUGGACCAGACGCUGAUCCACACCACGGAGACGCACUGUCAGCGCAUGUCCAACAAGGGAAUCUUCCACUUCCAGCUGGGCCGGGGCGAGCCCAUGCUGCAUACGAGGCUUCGUCCGCACUGCAAGGAGUUCCUGGAGAAAACGGCCAAGCUGUACGAGCUGCACGUGUUCACCUUCGGCAGCCGGCUGUACGCCCACACCAUCGCAGGUUUCCUGGAUCCAGAAAAGAAGCUUUUCUCCCACAGAAUCCUGUCCAGGGACGAGUGCAUCGACCCGUUCUCCAAGACGGGGAACCUGAGGAACCUGUUCCCCUGCGGGGAUUCCAUGGUCUGCAUCAUCGACGACCGCGAGGACGUCUGGAAGUUUGCUCCCAACCUCAUCACUGUGAAGAAAUACACCUAUUUCCAGGGAACCGGGGACAUCAACGCCCCUCCCGGGUCCCGGGACGCCCAGACGGCCAGGAAAGGGUCCUCGGAGACGGCCGGGCCCCCUGGUGGCGACGAGCAGAACAACGGCCUCAGGAAAAAAGCCAAGGAGCCUCCGGGGAAGGAGGAUGACCCGGGUCCAGGACCGGAGCCCGGGGGGCGACCAGAGGAUCCUCUGAGGGGGGACAAGAGUGUUGAGGAGGAGGAGGAGGAGGAGGGUACCAGGACCGCGGGGGAGACAGAGGAGGGUACCAGGACCGCGGGGGAGACAGAGGGGGGUACCAGGACCGCGGGGGAGACAGAGGAGGGUAACAGGACCGCGGGGGAGACAGAGGAGGGUACCAGGACCGUGGGGGAGACAGAGGAGGGUACCAGGACCGCGGGGGAGACAGAGGAGGGUACCAGGACCGCGGGGGAGAGAGAGGAGGGUACCAGGACCGCGGUGGAGACAGAGGAGGGUACCAGGGCCGCGGGGGAGACAGAGGAGGGUACCAGGACCGCGGGGGAGAGAAAGGAGGGUACCAGGACCGCGGUGGAGACAGAGGAGGGUACCAGGACCGCGGGGGAGACAGAGGAGGGUACCAGGGCCGCGGGGGAGACAGAGGAGGGUAGCAGGGCCGCGGGGGAGACAGAGGAGGGUACCAGGACCGCGGGGGAGACAGAGGAGGGUACCAGGACCGCGGGGGAGACAGAGGAGGGUACCAGGACCGCGGGGGAGACAGAGGAGGGUACCAGGACCGCGGGGGAGAGCGGGAAGUCGUCAGCAAACAGCGGAGAAUCCAACAACCUGGACUUUGAACUCUCCAGCGACAGCGAUGGCGAGGCGACGGCGAAGCCUCCGUCCCCAGACGGGGCGGGUGACGGCGGGUCUCGACCCACGGGGGGUUCUGGUCCUGACGGGGGGGACGGCGAGGGGGACUCGGCUGCAGCAGAGCCCUCAGCGAUCCUCCCGCCCGACUCGGAGCUGGGAAACGGCUCUCUGGACCGGCGAGAGCCGGAGACUGAGUCCCAGAACAGCGAGCAGUCGGGCGUGACGACGGGCGAGGAGCUGCUGGACCAGAGCAUGGAGGACGAGGAGGACCUGGACCUGGACCAGGACCAGGACGACCAUCUCAUCUACCUGGAGGAGGUGCUGGCCCGGAUCCACGCCGAGUACUACGCCCGCUACGACGCCUUCCUGCGCCGGGAGACGCCCGACUCGCCCGACAUCCGGCGGAUCGUCCCCGAGCUGAAGGGCCGGACGCUGGCGGACGCCACCGUGGUGUUCAGCGGCCUCUACCCCACCAACUACCCGCUGGAGAGGACCCGCGAGUUCUACCACGCCAAGGCCCUGGGGGCCCGGAUCGGCCGGAGCCUGGCACUCAACGCACACGACCCCCACCGGACCUCGCACCUCAUCGCAGCCCGGGCAGGUACGGAGAAGGUCCGGCAGGCCCAGGGAUGCAGGAACCUCCACGUGGUGAACCCGGACUGGCUGUGGAGCUGCCUGGAGCGCUGGGAGAGGGUGGAGGAGCAGCUGUACCCCCUGAAGGAGGACUACAGACUAAGGAGCAGCAGUCCAGCGUCGUUCCCAGACGGUCCUGGUUCCCUGAGCAGGCCGGCCCCCCCUUCGGCCCCCGUCGCCCCCAGACCUGCACCUGCUGCCCCGGAGUCUCGCACCUACGACCCGGUUACCGGGAAGCUGAUCCGCAGGAGCCCCCGGGGGCCCCAGGGGCCCCAUCAGCCUUCACCAGCCUACCAGGAGCAGCCCGGCCCCAGGUCCCAGCAGGGCGAGGCUGCAGGAAGCAGCAGUAACCCGGACGGCGACCAACCCGGUCCUUCACGCAGGAAACGUCAGCCCAGCAUGUCGGAGAGUCUCCCCCUCUACACGCUCUGUAAGGAAGACCUGGACAGCAUGGACAAGGAGGUGGACGACAUGUUGGGGGAGGAGAGCGACAACGAGGCCGAGGAUCCAGGGAAGGAGGUUCCAGGUCCCGAGGAGCAGCAGCCGGGACCAGGACCAGGACCCAGACCUGGUCCUGGUCCCGGACCAGGACCAGGUCUGGUCCCGCCGGUCCCAGCAGUGAAACAGGCUCCUCAGACGUCUUCAGUCCAGUCCGGUCCAGUCCAGCGAGUCCCCAGGGGCGUCAAGCGGAAGCUCGAUGAGGUGAAGGUGGAAGAGACGGAGGAGAAGAAGGAGAAGGAAAAGGAGGAGAAGAAGAAGGAGGAGAAGGAGUCGUCGUCGGCCGACGAGUCGUCCAGAGAUUCCAACGAGGACGAGGGAGGAAGCAGCUCGGAGGCCGACGAGAUGUUAGCGGCUCUGGAGGCCGAGCUGGAGGACUUCAUGUGAGGAAGAGGAGGAGGAGGAAGAGCUGGAGGACUUCAUGUGAGGAAGAGGAGGAGGAGGAAGAGCUGGAGGACUUCAUGUGAGGAAGAGGAGGAGGAGGAAGAGCUGGAGGACUUCAUGUGAGGAAGAGGAGGAGGAGGAAGAGCUGGAGGACUUCAUGUGAGGAAGAGGAGGAGGAGGAAGAGCUGGAGGACUUCAUGUGAGGAAGAGGAGGAGGAGGAAGAGGACUUCAUGUGAGGAAGAGGAGGAGGAGGAAGAGCUGGAGGACUUCAUGUGAGGAAGAGGAGGAGGAGGAAGAGCUGGAGGACUUCAUGUGAGGAAGAGGAGGAGGAGGAAGAGCUGGAGGACUUCAUGUGAGGAAGAGGAGGAGGAGGAAGAGCUGGAGGACUUCAUGUGAGGAAGAGGAGGAGGAGGAAGAGCUGGAGGACUUCAUGUGAGGAAGAGGAGGAGGAGGAAGACAAACCUCCACUGCAAAAACUCUUUUAUUACCAGGAAUAUUUGUCUUAUUUCUGGUUAAAAUGUCUCAUUUUUAGUCAAAAAAUCUCAUUCCACUUAAAACAAGAAUCACUGGAAAAAAACAU